GUUUGUCCGCAAGGCUUCGCCAACGAAUUGCCAUGGACUGAUCACUACCGUUACGAGCUGCCUCAUGACGUGCGCUGACCGGCUGCCUUUGAGCGAACGGCGCGGCAUGGCGUGCAGCCGACCUGCGGGUACGAAGCCAUGGGGACAUAUCCACCCUCGUAUCCCCAGGCCGCGCCUUCCAAUUUCUGUUUGUUUUGUCUUGUCUGCCUUAGGGUUCUUCCUUGUGAGCAGUCAGAGACCCGUGCCAAUACUGUGGAGACUCUGUUUGAUCUCCUGGUGCUGCGCAAAUCCGCAUCUCCCGCCUCGCCACCUAUCUUCGAUCUGGACGCCUGCUAUUGUCGCGCGGGCCGCUCCAUGAGCCGCUUGACCCUUUCACUUGACUGCGUCAAUUAGCGACUCGCGCUUCCCAUAUCAAUCGUCCCACCCUGUGAUCGGUCUUGCCUCUAAACGACAAUGGAGCAAGUACGACCUCAGCCUGCGGCUGCACCCGGCCGCCGCAUUUCGAUAUUUACAGAAGUUGGCCUGAUCGACGAGCACACGAUCAGCACAAAACGCAGUCCGGCACCGAUCCUCAUCACCGAGCACGCUUUGAGGCAACAGCGGCCUUCCAGGACAGUUAGAUUUCGCAGCAGGAACAGUGUAUUUGGUGGAAAUGAUGGUAUUGAUGAGAUCGACGAUGAGAGUGAUUGGGAGUCGGCAGAUGAGGCAGAGGACGACGAGGCGAGCCCAGUAACCUCGACAAACCCAAUCACGCAUAUGAUCUCGAAUUCGAAGCUCUACCGUGCAGGACUAUUCGCCAUCGUGUUGGCGCUUAUGCUGCCGGUUGUCCAGAUGAUCUCAAUUACGCCGCUCGGCGUGCACGGAAGCUCUAUCCCACAAGGCAGCAUCACAUCUGUAGCAGAGCGAUCGACACUUGUGGAGAGGGCGGACUCGCAAACCGACGUGUGCAAGCGUUGGAGCGGUCAGAGCGCCAUUGUUAACGGUACCUUGUACAUGUAUGGUUACCGCACAACCACCGACGCGCAGCAGAGUUCAAACACAUGGACAAACGAUUUUCUGACCCUGGAUCUGACCAAGUCAUGGCAAAUCUCCAGCCCUUCCUUGACCGGCAUGCCUCAACCUAGCGGCCCGCCCGCCCUCUCUCUCGGCUACCUCUAUUCCUCGCACAACUCCCUUUGGCUCUACGGUGGGCAAUACUCGGACUCUCCUGCGGCUAAGCCGGGGCCAAACUCCAUUUGGGAAUACAGCAUUGGCAGCAAAUCGUGGAUCGAGCAUGCGGACCCAAAGAGCUCAGCUGGUACCAACGCUGAAGGUGACGGACAAAGCAUACAGCGAGCUGCCGAGGGUGCUGGUUUUGGAGUUACUGCGUUGGGCAGAGGAUGGUACUUCGGUGGACAUCUGGACGACUUCACGACCGAAGGUUGGAGCAACCAGAUUGCUCGCGUAUACCUGAAGAGUCUUCUUGAGAUCACGUUCCCUGGACACAGCAACGACGCCGUCGAGAGCCUCAAAGAUGGCAAGAAGGCUGACAAGGAACCUGUCUACAGGAACAUCACUUCUGGUGGCAUUCAAGAUACUGGCUCGUUCCCAGAGCGGGCUGAUGGAAUCUUGACUUAUGUUCCUGGUUUCGGUACCGAGGGUCUCUUGGUCGGGUUUACUGGUGGUGAUAACGAUACUUUCGCACAAAUGAACGUCAUCGAUGUUUACGACAUUGCUGAAUCGAAGUGGUACAAGCAAAGCACAUCCGGACGGAUGCCACCCUACCGCGUCAACCCGUGUGCCGUCGUCGGAGCUGCACUAGACGGUUCAUCCUACAACAUCUACAUGUUCGGCGGCCAGAACCUGCAACCGUAUGGCAACCAGACUCAAAAGGACGACAUGUGGAUAUUGUCCGUUCCGUCGUUUACCUGGAUCGAAGUUGAUCAAGGCACCCAAGCUGUCCCUCCCGCUCGUGCUGGCCACACUUGUCAUGUGUGGGACGGUCAGAUGAUUGUGAUUGGAGGUUACGUUGGACAAGAACUUUCAUGUGACAGUCCAGGCAUAUACGUCUUCAACAUGACUAGCCUGUCAUGGAGCGACCAGUUCACAUCACUCACAGCAGGGAAGGCGACUCAGGAUUACACUGGUGAGGGCAGCAUUGGUAACCCACUCGCCCAGCAAGCCAACCAACGUGGCUUCAAUGCCAGCGCUGGUGUUGAAGGCUCGUACGGCUAUCAGAUCCCGAAGGCUGUCCAGGAAGUUAUUGGGGGCGAUGGCCUUGGCGGUGCAACACUCACCGCACCUGUGCAGACGCCUACUGCUGGACCUCUUGCGACUGGUAGAGCGAUGACAUACACUAUCACUGGACCCGAUGGCGCCUCCUACACUGAGAUUGUCGCUUCGAGCGGCUCAACGAACGGCGACUCCGGACCCAAUAUUGCCGCUAUUGUUGCUGGCGUAGUUGCAGGUGUCUUUGCGGUCAUCGCCGUCUACUUCGCAUUCUGCGCCUGGAUCUACCGCAAGCAAGUUGCCAUCUGGAAACAGCACGCCGCGAUGGUUACAGCAGCUGCAGAGAAGCGCGACACGACCUUCACCAGCAGCAAGAUCUCGAGCGAGCGCGCCCCGGGCACGAUGGCUGGUAGCACCACUGGUGGUAUUACAGCAGGCAGUUUCGACAUCCGGCGUGGAAGCGGGGAGCACACUAGCUAUGCCGGUGCGGGAGCAAAUUGGGAAAGAAGAAGCAGCGUCGGAAGCGUGACCGAAGACCUGUUAGACGGGCAAGAGCCGAGUUUCUGGGGUACGAAGGGUGUGUUACUCAACCCCAGAAGAAGUUUGCGCGUCAUAAAUAGGGACUGAGGAGAUGCGUUUGUGCUAUCAUACCCCGGAAUGUUUUUGUUUUUGUUUGUUCGUUCGGUCCAAGUAAACCCGGGCAAAGGAUUUGCUGGUGGACUCGAAUAUGAGGGCUAUAUACGUCGUAUACACGAGCGACCUAGUAAUGAUAAUGAUCAAAAGUAUAACCCUAU